AUGGUUAUAGUGUGGCAGCAACCUUAUGUUAAUGUCUUCAAGCAUUUCGAUGUCUUCAAUCUUAAACGAGCUAGCAAAGAAGGCGAUGCAUUGGUUACCAUGGACAAAACGUUACGUUCAUCCGUCUUCAAGAUUAUCGGCUCGAUACCAGCUAGCAAUUACUUACAAAUCCCAAAGACAUCUUCUCAAUCUUUAGGCUUGAUUGGCCGAUAUCUUUAUCUUCUUUUUCGACCGAUACCAUCCAAGUACUUUGUCGUCCAUAUGGAUGUAGCUACUGACGAUGGCUUAAUUGUACGGAUAUCAUUCUCAAAUUUAUUUCGAGAAUUUAAAUCUACUUCUACGUGGUUACAAUUUCCGUUUAUUGUUAAACCUGCUAAUGAUCAGCCUGACACUGCACCUUCUGCUACGCGAUGGACUGUUCUACUUUUGGACAUGUCAUAUGUUUUAUCAGCUUAUCUAAAUUAUAAGUAUGCAUAUCUAAAAAGCAUCAGACUAUGUGCCAAUAUGUAUGUCAAAGGUAUAUUCACUAGCGAUAUGGAAUAUGAACCUGGUACUUUCUCAACUAGCCGUCGUAAAACUGCCGUUGCUGGCAUUGAGCCAUUACCACGAGAAAUGACAUUCCCUAUAGCCAAAGGACGUGAUUGGUACGACGUUUAUGAUUGCAUAAAAUUCCCUGUUGAUACACAUAGAAAUAAAACGGAUUGGCAAUCAAUGAUGACUGAUAAUACUAAAGAACGUAAGUUACGCAGAAUAGCUUAUUUCGUUAAUAAGAUUCCUGACAAUCCUUUGAAACUUGGUACACCUCCACGAACUAAGGUACCAUCUAAGUUACCCAAAGCUGGCACUGCUGACGGUCCAGUUGGUGCUUGCCCGGACAAUAAUGGUGAAGUGCAUGUCUAUGCUUAUCCUAAGCAACAAAUCGUAAUUCAUGAACACGAUAAGAAAACGGGACGGAAAUUGAAACCAGAUCCAAUAUUGAACCUGAAACGUAUCAUUGGCUUUGGUGGCAGUACAAGUGAGGCAUUAUGGACUUGUGAUGGUUCUCAUGUACUCUAUGCCUGUAAUGCUGUCAUCGUUGCAAUGGAAGUUAGCAGUGGAGACCAGAGGCUGUUUAUAGGACAUACAGAUAAGAUUUCUUCUCUUUCUUUCAAUGGUAAUUCGACUGUUUUUGCGUCCUCGCAAACCGGCCAAUUGCCAGUGAUAAGAAUUUGGGAUUUUUAUCGUGGUGAUUGCCUUGCAAUGUUUAAAUCUCAUGUCCAUUCUGUUUAUUUAUUAAGUUUUUCGUUUUCUGGAGAUACACUAUGUGGUGUUGGCAAAGAUAAUCAUGGCAAACAGUUAGUCAUAGUUUGGAAUACAUCAGACGCUCAAAAAUCUGGGGAAGUCACUGUCAUUGCUAAGGCUCAUACAGACGCAAACAUAUCUAAAAUGAAAAUUUCUGCCUUUGAUAGUACUAGACUUGUAUCAUGUGGCCUUGAGAAUAUACGAUUUUGGCGAAUACGUGAACAAAGCCUUAGAUCUUGUCCCGUUAAUUUAAAAGAUUAUCAUAACGAAGAAUUCACAGACAUCGUUUUUGCUGAUGAAUUCAAUGUGUCACAAAAUGUGCCAGAUAGGAGACUAUUUGCAUCGAGCGCUUCCGGACGUAUAUAUGAAAUUCAUUAUGGAAGAAUAUGUAUUGAUCAUGUGUAUACCUUGACAUCAGUUGGCCCCGAUUCUAAAAGUAGUGUUUCUAGUAUUAACACCAUUCGUCCCGGAAUAUCAUUCUUCGCUAUUGGAACGGAUGAUGGUUAUUUACGUUUAUGGGCUUUUGAUUUUAAAACUAUUUUGCUGGAAGCAGAACAUGAAGGACCGAUUGCCGCUAUUGACGUUACAAAGGACGGAUCACGAAUACUAGUAACUACGAAAGCGGGGAAUGUCGGCUAUUUGGAAUAUUCUACUCGUAACUACGUUACGAUUAUGAGAUCACAUCUGGAUCAAGUAGUUGCAGCAUCUAUUGAUUCUCAUCGCAGACAUUUGGUAACUGCAUCGCGAGAUGAGACUAUUCGAAUUUGGGAUAUAGAUACUUAUGCGCAGCUCUUCGAUUUUAAAGCACCUGGAGAAGUUCCUUGUGCCAUUUGUUAUCAUCCAAGUCAGCAGUGUUUUGCCUGUGGCUUUACAAACGGAACUGUUCGAACUUUCCAUGUCGGAACAUCUAGUUUACUAGCUGAACAUAGCAAAAACCACCCUGGGCGUAUUAUAGGAUUGGCCUUUUCGCCAAGCGGUAGAUUUAUGUAUAGCGCUGGUACUCUAGGAGCUAUUGCAUUAUAUGAUGCCACUUCACAGACGUACGAUUUGUUACGCCUGCUACCGUAUACUAUUGCGCGAGGAGAUAUUUAUGGCCCAGAUGCGAUAUCUGUUAGUAGUGAUAGUAAAAGAAUCGUUUUUGUUGGCCCAACAGAAUUUACCGUAACAAUCAUGGAUGCCAGAUCCCUUGAUGAGGUACUAAAAAUCGAUAUCGGUAAUGCUGUAACAGCUGCUGCCGGAUCUACAACAACUGACAGGGCAGUUAAAGUGCAUUUUGCGCCAGCAAAAACCAAUGAACUCCUUGUGAUUACUUCAUCUUGUAAGCUAUUGCGAUUUAGUGCAAAUAAUGGACAAUUACUUAGCGAGGUUAGAAAUAUACAUCGCGAAGAGUGUACUAGUUUAGAUGUCAGCUUAGAUAGCAGAUAUCUUGCAACCGCUGGUGAUAAAGUAAUUAAAAUUUGGGACUAUCAUAUGAGACUUGAUCAGAAUUAUCAGCUCUUUAUUGGACAUUCAUCACGCAUCAACCAAGUUAUGUUCACUCCUGAUAUGGAUGGACUUAUUAGUGUUGGAGAUGGAAUAUUCAUAUGGAAUUUUAUGGGCCAAGAUGUAACUAUGAAUGAAUAUAAAGAGUACAAACCUCGAUCUACGAUCCCUCAACCAAUACCAAUUACCCAAAGUCCAAGUACUCGUAGGAAAUUACAGUUAAGUAACGAAGAUGCGGACGAGAUUGAAGCUACAAGUGAUCAAAGCGAGCGAGAAGAUGAAUCCAAUUCUGUUUCAGCAAGUGAAAAUUAUCAGGAUGAAGAAUUAGGUGUGGUAUCAUUGCAGCAAGAAACAAACGUGAAUCUUACAUCGGCAGGAACUAAGCGACGCUAUGCUGCUCCUCCGAAUCAAGCAGGUCUCAAACUUCAUAGUACAGUCGGUUACAAUGGCUGUGGACGUGGGAAUAUGGUGUGGCAUCCGGAUACUGGAUUCUUCGCUUAUACGAACGGAUGUAUCAUUGUAAUUGAGGAUUUACAAACUGGGAAACAAACGCAUCUUAAAGGACACAUAGAAGAAGUAUCAACACUGGCAUUGCAAAACGACUGCCAGGUUCUGGCUUCAGCUGCUUUAGAAUCUAAAGAUAACGGUCAUAUUUGUUUAUGGAAUACCAAAUCAGGAAUAUGUGAAAAGAUAUUGAAACACCAUAAAGGCGAUAUAUGUUGUCUUGCAUUUUCACGAGACGAUCGGUUUUUAAUAUCUGUAGGAAAUUAUCUAGACUGUGCAAUUGUUGUAUGGAGUACGAAUGAUCAUUCAGUGCUUGCAGCUACGCAAUUAACUGAGCCAAUACAUGAUCUAUGUUGGGAUCCCUACACUGUCAACGAAUUUUCUUCUGUUGGAGCUAAUGGCAAAAUAAAAUUUUGGCUACUAGAUGAGACUAACUAUACCAUUAGCUUGAACAAGUCUAACAAUUGUGUCGAUUUCACGUCUGUUGGAUAUGCUGGGGAUAGUAUCCUUUAUGCGGCCACUAAUUCUGGCAUUAUAACCGCAUGGGAUACCAGAAAUAAUUCAUGCUUUGCUCACUGGGAAGCGGAUAAAAAGGAAAUAGGUGUAAUUGUCUGUCGCGGAAGUCGAAUGGUAACUGGUAGUUGUACCAACAAUCUGCGCCUCUGGUCUAUAGUAGGAAUUGGGGAAAUGAGAUUGCCAGGCGGCUCAGUCAGUGAAGGAUUAACGAUGGAAGACGAAAUGCCUUUAGAUGGAGCUAUAAUCGCGGCUUCAUUCGAUGAAUCAAUUGAUACGGGAAUUGUUGGAACAACCGCUGGAACACUGUGGUACAUUAACUGGCCUGAAAGAGCUAGUAUUCGCUUAGUCAGUGGACAAACUAAUCAGGUCAACGAUGUAGUAUUUAGUGGUCCUGAUGAUAAGUACUUUGGUACAUGUGGUGCUGAUGGUAGUCUGAGAAUCUGGACGACUGAUAAAGUUGAACAAACGUUGCAAUUUCAAGUCAUGGGAGAGUCAACUGUGGUACUGAAAAAUGUCGGAGCGGAUAGUAUUACAUACCCAACACACUGCGUUGCUGGAUAUAGCGAUGGUACCGUUAGACUUUUUGAUAUAGAAAAAAUACACAUGGUCAUGAAGAUGCAACCUCACGCAAACUCGGUCACGGCAAUAACAUAUGCAGCUGACGGUAGUCGGGUAAUAUUGUCCGGAAGCGCGGAUGGAUUAAUUGCGAUAAAUAGUCCAAGUACUGGUUUAACUUUACGAGUUCUCAACGAUCAUAAGGGCGCUUCGAUAUUAGGAUUUGAUGUGGCCGUUUCUUGGGACGAGAAAUGGAAUUUAUCGUCGCCACUUCUCUGGCUAGGUGUUAGUGCGGAUAGAAGGAUUAGUAUUUGGAGCGCUGACUGGUCUAAAGAUUUUUGUGAGCUUGUCGAUUGGUUAACUUUUGCUGCACCUGAUUUUGCACCAGAAGAAACUUUGAUUAAAGGAGGACUGGACUUUCCUCCUAGCCUAGCUGCUUUUUCAAAAACAGAUUCAGAUAUUGUAAUUUAUACCGGUUACGGAAUACAAAAAGAAAUAAUUUUCUAUAGUUUAUCUCAACAAAAGAUUAUUAGACAAUGUCCACUAACGCACUGGAUGACUAGCUUAGAUGUGUCUCCAAAGGGACAAUUAAUUGCUAUGGGUUGCAAAGAACGGCUGGUACAAAUAAUGGAUUUCUAUGAGGGUAGUUUUCAAGAUUUCGUAGGCCACAGUGACUGUAUUAAAACGGUCAAAUUCUCACCCUCCGGGAACUAUCUUAUCACUGUUGGAUACAUAGACGUACUCAUUUGGUCUGUGACAGUAUAG